AUGGUGGAUGUGACCUCAAACUUACCAAAGCACAUUAUAAUUAUGAAUUCGGAUGAGGACGGAGGAGAAUCACCUUGUAAAGUAGACGUUGAGUAUGAAUGGCUACCACAGAAAUGCAAGAGUUGUAUGACAUUGGGACACUCUGCUAAAGAUUGUGUUCUCAACAAACCAAAACCAGCUAAACCACUGAUUGCUACAUAUGUACCUAAAGUGGGGACGCUGCAAGAACCAACAAGGCCUGAACGGAAUCGGAGCCACCCUAGGGAGGAAGAAGAUACUACUAAUAUACCAUCCCGGCCACUACAUAUGACUGAUCGGAACAAGAGUAGACCACCACUAGCUCCAGAGGUAGAAAAGAAGAGAGAGGGACGUGAGUACACUAGAGAUACAACAAGCCCAAGUCGUGAGGAGAGGGGUAAAGCGCUUGUUAUAUACAACACUUUGAUGCACUUCACCUACUGGAUGAUACAGAUGAGUCGUCUCGGGGUCCUAAGCAUAGCAGCCCCAUACCUAGUGAUCCGUGUUGAAUGCAACAAUAUGGAAUCUCAAAGUCAAUCUUUUCUAUUACCCCAAUGGAAAUGGUAUGUGGAUUAUGGAUCUUCUGGUAAUCGCGUGUGGAUUGCAUGGAAUGAUAGUUUUAUUGAUGUUGUGGUGGAAUGUGGAACGCAAUUUAUACACUGUCUUGUUACUAUCCGUGCAAUACAUGAAACAGUUGCUGUUACUGUCACUUAUGGAGCCACAAAGGUGGUUGAAAGGAGAGAAUUAUGGAGUGCCCUAGAAAAUUUAGCUAUACAGUGUGCUGAUAUCCCAUGGUUGAUUGGAGGGGAUUUUAAUGCAGUUCGCGACCUCAAUGAAGUAUGUGGCACAUCAGGGGAUAUCAGAACAACUAUGGAAGAAUUUAAUGCAGCCAUUCAGAAUACAGGAUUACUACCACUACCCAUGCAGGGAGAGUGGUACACAUGGCACAACCACAGUGCGACACCCCGGAACCUCUGGAAAAGACUGGACCGCAUGUUGAUAAAUGAUAGAUGGAUGGCACGGUUCCCUAACGCAUUCUACUCGGUCCUUACACCACGCACUUCAGACCACUCACCGAUGGUACUAUAUGAAGACUGA